AUGAAGUCGGUCCCGCCGGUGAAGAUAGAGCCCGAGUCGGCAGACGCGCGCGCGCGAUGUGGCCCUGAGGCGAUGCAAGAUGAAGCUGUUGGGCGGGCUAUUAUGAUGCGGGAGAAGGAGAUGCGAGAAACGCGCAGGUGCAAGUGGGAAGCAGAGAAAAAGCGGCAGAAGCGAACCGGGGUCGCAACGUGCGCAGAGUGGCCCAAAGUGGAUGAGGAGGACGAGGGUGGUUGA